AGUUCAAAUCGAGACUCCGUCGCGGAAUGUUGUAAGAAAUUUUCCUAUAUUAUAGAACACACUGGUUUACACAUUAUAAAAGUUUUUCUGCGGUUUUUCCUCACCAAUGUACCACGGAAGAGGGCAAGGUGUUUAGGAUAAAAGAAGAAUCCCGUUUAGGUGAGGGUACACAAAAGCUAAGAAGAAAAAAAUAUUUUCCCGCAUAUUUUUUCCCUGGUCAUUCUUCAAAAGGAUUCCCUGUAGUACUAUGUAGUAAAACAAAAUUGUGCCUGGUGGAUGAAAACUGUAUAUAAAACUCUAACUAAAAAAAAACUCACCCAGUGAUUUAGCGGAAAAACCUUGUGUAAAUAAUUGAAAUGUUUUUUCUCCCACCCUUUCCACCCAUUUUCCAAUACUCGCAACAGCCAAACGAAGAAUGAGAAUUUAAAUACUUCACUCUUUUUUUCCUAAUAAUUUUUUCCCUCCAAUAAUCCCUCCCAAAAAAAAAUCUCAAUGUGGAAAUUAAAAAAGAACUUCUAAAGAGGGAUUUACUCAACAUAAAAAAAAUGUGAAACUCUCUGACUUGCUAAAUGGACUAAUUUCAAAUUCAAUCGACACUCAUGCAAAUGCUUGAAAUUGAAUUUAAAUAGGGAGAAAAAUAUAUCGAGGUACUUUUCAUCCCGUCAGAAAUUUUUCCCCAUUCUGUGGGUUAGGCUUCCCACCCAUUUCACAUCGAAAGAUGCGGCAAAUCGGAGGGAAAUUAAUAGAAAAUCAGUGUGUUGAGUGAGAGAAAAGUCGUACAACAUUUUGGUUAUGAAGUUUAUUAAUAGCAUAAUUUCAAUAUGGGGGUUGAGGAGAGAAUAGAACAGAGGAAGUAACACACCAAAAAAGGACCUUCUAAAUGGACACAAAGUGUUCGAUUUAAAUCUCAACAUAGAACAACAUUGUGUCAAUCACAGAUUCAGGUGGUGAAAGAGAGCUUUUCACCAACAUCGUCAUCCACGUGAAUAACGACGACACAGUGCUAUUCACAUAAUGUUGGAAAAAUGUGAGUGUCAGCUUAUAAAAUGGGUGGAAAAACAUGUCAAGUGAGGCAAAAAGGCCAUAUAAUGCGAGAAAAACAAUGGACGGGGAGGAAAAAUGAACUUAAGGAGGUGUGAAGACAACAUAGACGAUAUGUAAAGUCAAAAAUAAAAGUGUUUUAAGUUGGGAAAAAUACAACAACAUUAGUAAAUAAAAUACGACUAUUUCCUCAUCACGCAUUUCAAUCGACCCCCAACAAGGAAAUUAAGCCAGAGGAAGAACACGCAGAAAGGCCAGGAGAAAAGCUGUGCAAAUAGCAACAAAACACUCUACGCAUAGAAUUUUCUUAAAACGUGUGUGUGCGUUUUUUUUGUGUGUGAUAAAAUUAACCAUAAACACCAAUUUUCUACACUACGUUUGUGUUUUUUGUUUCUCUUUUGAUACCCCCUAUAAUCUAUGGUGAAAAAAAUGUGCUCCACAUCAUCAGAUACAACUGACGAUGAACAUGGUAUUUCAUCAGCACCUCCUGCUCCUGUGGCAGCCACAGCAUCAGUUGAGACCACCAGAAAGAAUCAACAUGGUCGUGGGUCAGAAGGUGAAUCAUUCAUUACUCAGAGAGUAUACAAAAAGACUUCAUCAAAUGCCAUGAUAACCCUCUACUUGGCUACCCGCGAAAUGAUCCACCGAAUGGGAAGUGUAGAACCACUCCGUGGUGUCCUCUACGCUGAUCCCAAAUUUGCCUCUGGCUUUAGAAUAUUUGGUCAGCUAACACUGACAUUUCGAUACGGACGAGACGACGAAGAAGUUAUGGGUCUGCGCUUUUGCAAUGAAGCCAUAAUUGCUCUGAAGCAAAUCUGCCCCAAAGUGGAGACUGAUGGUGAUCCCAAGGAGGAUUUAACACCUCUACAGGAAGCACUUGUGGAACGUCUCGGAGCUGGUGCCCAUCCCUUUAAAUUAGAGGUAGGAAUAGCUCCACCCAGUGUUCAAUUAAUUCCGGCUAAAAGAUACACAGGAGCUCCAAUUGGUACUCACUAUGAUGUUCGUGUCUUUAUUGCGGAUCCCCACGUGGAUGAGAGUGUUAAGAGACGUUCAGCAGUACGAAUGGGCGUGAGACUGAUUCAUCGUGUCUCUGAAGACACAAAAUGUUACCAUCAACCCCCAUCAGUGUGCACAACACCCUCAAAAGCCUCCCUCCCACGAUGCCUGAGACUACGCCUCAGUCAGAAGACAUUCAAAUCACGUCAAGACUCCACUGACACCGGAGAACUCUGUACCGGAGAUCAAUGGACUGGCAUUGAGGGACCUCAUGGUGCUGUUGACAAGCCAUUUUUGUGGGCAGAGGGACGUGUGAGUCUCAAAGCGGCACUCAAUAAAUCUAUCUAUAGGCAUGGUGAACAAGUUUCAGCCACAGUGGAUAUUCACAAUGAAAGUCGCAAGAUUGUCCGGAAGAUUCGGGUGUUUGUGGUACAACAUGUGGACGUGUGUAUGUUUAGCAACGGAAAAUUCAAGAAUGUAGUAGCUGAUUGCAGCAUAUCAGAUCAAAUAGCACCAGGGGAGACAUACCACAAAACCUUCCAUCUCAUCCCUAUGCGAGGACCCACGAAAAACUGGUUAGCCGUUGAGAGUUCUCUGCAAGCCGGCAGUACUACCGGCACAAUGGGUGGGAAUCGCAAUGGGCAGUAUACUGUGAUUCCAGCAGCCGGUGAGAGCAGUUUGCAGCAGGAAAUUGCCUCAAGCGCUCCAAGAGCUCAACAUCAGACACCAGAAGAACGCAACGUCUUUGCCAUCUAUGUGUCUUACUAUGUAAAAGUAAAGCUCACACUGAGCGGAAUGGGUGGGGAAUUGUCCCUAAAGCUUCCCUUUACCCUUGGCUAUGCCGAUCAAGAGGUGAGCGACGACAAGACCAACAAAAAGCACUAUUCUAGCAUAAUGGAGGAGGACUUUGAGCAGAUAAGUGAUGCUGGACAUCAAAGAAGAAAUUCUGCCAGUGCCAUUCCUGGUUGCAGCAGCAAAAAGACAUCGGAGUCAGAGGAUAUUGGUGCUGUUGUUAGUGUUACCGAAGCCCAAGUGCAUCAAUCGAGCAGUAUAGAGACUAAUAAGAACCCUAUUGUAUAGAUUUGACGUUCAUAAAAGCAUUUUAAACGUACCAAGAAAACAACAAA